AUGGCAGAUUUGAAGAAUCCAGUUGACCCCAUUGUGAAGAAAUCCAUGAACGGGGAUAGCCCUCACGCCAGCGAGUAUGCAAACGCACUUGCUGACGCCUCGUCGUGGAUCGAAGAGGCUGUAAGACUCAGAGCCGAUUGCCUGCUCUCCAAACGGGACACAAGGUGGGAAUCGUCAUUCGCAACAGUCGAACUGCCGAUUGAAGUCCCUCGGGGCGAUUGGUUCCAUUCAGCGCAUCUCCGAGUCUUCUCCACAAUGGCUGGUUACCUUGAAGUUUCCGGACGGUGA